AUGGGUAAAAAUAAAAAUUAUAAUAAAAAUCAAUUUAAAAAAUCAAAAACAAAUAAUGAUACCACAGUAGCACAACAACAACAAACAAUUGAAGAAAAACCAGAUUUUAAAAUUGAUGGAUCAAUUUUAGAAGGUGGUGGUCAAAUUUUAAGAAAUUCAGUUGCAUUAGCAUCAUUAUUUAAUAAAGCCAUUUCAAUUGAAAAGAUUAGGUAUAAUAGAGAUCAACCAGGAUUGAAAAAUCAACAUAAAGCUGGUAUUGAUUUAAUGUCACGUUUAUUUAAAGCUCAUUUAACAGGUUGUAGUGUUGGUUCAUGUAAACUUUAUUAUCAACCAACACAAAAGACAAUUCAAGAUGAUGGUGUAAUUGAAGCUGAUACUAAAACAGCUGGUAGUAUUUGUUUGAUGAUUCAAGUUUCAUUACCAUGUUUAAUCUUUGCACCACAUUCCACAAAGAUGGUAUUGGGUGGUGGAACAAAUUGUGAUUUUGCACCAGCUGCAGACUAUAUUCAAAAUGUUUUCCUACCAAUUGCAACAACUAUGGGAUUUAAAUGUGAGAUGAGUAUUGAUAAAAGAGGGUUCUACCCAAAGGGCGGCGGCGCUGUCACAUUGACAACCCAACCACUCACACAACCACUCUCGCCAAUCACCAUAGUGAAUAAGGGUGAGGUGAAUAGAAUUGUAAUCAAGUCCUAUUUCACGUCGCCUAGAAUAUCACCAUUGGUAGCAGAGAGGAUGAAUAACACUGCAAAGAAAUUAAUAAAAAAGGAUUUUAAAAAGGUGGAUGUUGAAACAGAGUUAAUCGAUGUGAGUAAAUUUAGUUUUGGUGAUGGUACAUUCAUUGAAAUUAGGGCAUACACCGACCAAGGUUGUAUAUUUGGUGCAACUGGAAAUGGUGCAAUUGGUGUACCUGCUGAAAAAGUCGCAGAAGAUGCUGCAAAUUCUUUACUCAAAGAUUUGCAAGAUGGUGGUUGUAUGGAUGAAUACCUUCAAGAUCAAUUAAUCAUUUUCAUGGCUUUAGCAAAAGGUAAAAGUCAAAUUAAAACUGGUCCAAUCUCAUUACAUACUCAAACUUCAAUUCAUAUAACAUCUUUAAUGACUGGUGCUAUUUUUACAAUUACACCAUUAACUAAUAAUACUCAAUCUGGUGAAGAAACAAAUUUAAUAACUUGUGAAGGUAUUAGUUAUUUUCCAUCUGAUUUAAAUAAUAAUAAUAAUAAUAGUAAUAGUAAUACUACUACUACUACAACUACCACUACAAUUUCAACUACAACUAUUGAUAACCAAAAUAGUGAAGAAAAAUAA